AGUCCAUCUAGGCUGUUUAGACUGUCUUGCUAAGUAUCACAGCACUCGGAUUUCUCUGGUUGUGAUUUCAGAGAAUCAUUAAAUGUGAUAAAGUGAAGUUAAUUCAAAAACCCGGAACACUAAAUUUGAGGAAGAUGCAGGAUGACGCACGCUACCUCAAACGCAAAGUGACUGCUGGCAGUUUAGAUGUCCAUCCCACAGAGAAAGCCCUAGUGGUCCACUAUGAGGUGGAAGCAUCCAUCUUAGGGGAGGGUGGAGGUCAAAUGUUGGGUGAACGCAAGGAAGGCCAAAAAAUCAUUCGAGUGAAAAGUCUUUCUCCCAGCACCGAUGUGGGUGCACUGGCAAAGAAGGUGGUGGAGGAGUGUAAACUCAUCCCUGCUUCCCGUUUGCCCCAGGUGGAGCAGCUCCUCUACUACCUGCAGAACAGGAAAUCCUCUCCAGUCGAAGGCAGAGUGGAGAAGAAAGAGAAAAGACCAAUGAAACCCAGAGAGUUGACACCAUUUGAAGGGAUGGAGAUAAAUGAGGAAGCCAGUAUAACUAAAGUGGAUGAGUACAUUGAGCUACUCUAUGAAGGCAUCCCAGAGAAGAUCAGAGGUUCGGCCCUUAUUCUGCAGCUUGCCCGUAACCCUGACAACCUGGAGGAGCUGCUCCACAAUGAGGCAGCUUUAGGCGCUCUAGCCAGAGUUUUGAGGGAGGACUGGAAACAGAGUGUAGAACUGGCCACCAUCAUCAUCUACAUCUUCUUCUGCUUCUCCAGUUUCUCCCAGUUUCAUGGAGUGGUGAGUCACUAUAAAAUCGGUGCUUUGUGUAUGAGUGUGGUGGAACAUGAGCUGAAGAGACACGACGUGUGGCGUGAAGAGCUGCGCAAGAAGAACAAAGCUUGCGAGUCAGCACCAGAGAACGGAUCUUUAAGAAGAGACCAGGACAAGGCUAUGAGGAAGUACCAGGGCCUUCUGGCCAAACAGGAGCAGCUGCUCAGGGUGUCUUUGUACCUGUUGCUGAACCUUGCAGAGGACACGAGAACAGAACUAAAGAUGAGGAAUAAAAACAUUGUUGGUUUGCUGGUGAAAGUUCUGGAGAGGGACGAUGAUGAGCUGCUCGUCCUGGUGGUGUCCUUUCUCAAAAAACUCUCCAUCUUUCUAGAGAACAAGAAUGACAUGGCUGAGAUGGACACUGUAGAGCGACUGGCUCGCUUAGUUCCUUGUGACCACGAUGACCUGAUGAAUCUCACUCUACGUCUGCUGCUCAACCUCUCCUUUGACUCAGGCCUGAGAGCCAAGAUGGUGGAAGUUGGACUGUUACCAAAACUCACUGCACUCAUGGGUGAUGAGAACCACCGUCAAGUAGCCAUGCGUAUCCUCUAUCACAUUAGCAUCGAUGACCGUUUCAAGGCCAUGUUUGUUUACACCGACUGCAUACCUCAGCUUAUGCAUAUGCUGUAUGAGCAUGGUGAGGAGGAUAUCGAAACUGAGCUCAUCUCCAUCUGCAUUAACCUGGCAGCCAAUAAGAGGAAUGCGCAGCUCAUGUGUGAAGGAAAUGGCCUGAAGAUGCUCAUGAAAAGAGCUCUGAAGAUGAAAGACUGCCUCCUGAUGAAGAUGAUCAGAAACAUCUCACAACACGAUGGGCCAACUAAACCUAUCUUUAUAGACUAUGUAGGUGACCUGGCAGCGGAGAUCCGAGCAGAAGAAGAGGAGGAGUGGGUUCUGGAGUGUCUGGGGACUCUGGCCAAUCUCACCAUCCCAGACCUGGACUGGGAGCUGGUGCUGAAGGAGUACAACCUGGUUCCCUACCUCAAAGACAGACUGAAGCCAGGCUCAGCAGAAGAUGAUCUUAUUCUGGAGGUGGUGAUUAUGAUUGGAACAGUUUCCAUGGACGAUGCCUGCGCUGCCAUGUUGGCCAAGUCUGGCAUCAUUCCUGCACUUAUUGAACUACUGAAUGCUCAACAAGAGGAUGAUGAGUUUGUGUGUCAGAUUGUCUACGUCUUCUAUCAGAUGGUUUUCCAUCAAGCAACACGAGAUGUCAUCAUCAAAGAUACUCAGGCUCCAGCCUAUCUGAUAGAUCUGAUGCAUGACAAGAACACUGAAAUAAGAAAAGUGUGCGACAACACUCUUGAUAUUAUUGCUGAGUAUGAUGAAGAGUGGGGCAGGAAGAUACAGUCAGAAAAGUUCCGUUUCCAUAACAACCAAUGGUUGGAGAUGGUCGAGAGUCGCCAGGCUGAUGAUUCUGAACCUUAUCUCUAUGACAACGACAAUGACAGGACUGACCUGUUCUACAGCGCAGAUGGAAUUACUCCAGCAGAUGGUUCAGUCAGUCCAGAUUUCUUUGGGGAUCUUCAGGCACAGAACGGAGACUCACAUCAUGUGGGAGAUGGCAGUGACGUCUUCGACCAGACCAGCUCAUCUCCUGGACGACCGGCUACUGCGUACGGCUUUAGACCCGAUGAGCAGCCCUUCUAUCAGUACACAUAAACAACACACACACAUGGUCUGAACACUUCAGGACAUGCGUAACCUUUGUAUCAUUCCCCAUCAUCCUCUUGCAUGUCCAUCACCACUAUCUUAAGGUGAAUUGUCACUGUCUGCAUCCCUGUUGUGUAGGUUAUGAAUGCUGCUAUGAAACAUGGAUUAACUACGUAUCACACAUGUCUCUAUCUGGUUCCCAACACCAUAGCAGCUCAACACAUCUCAUUAUCCAUUUCAUUUCAUUUACUUAACCAUCAUUAGAAACAAUGAGUAGUUAAGUCUUCCUUACAACUUGCUUAUGGAUUGUUCCCAGCAAGUAAGUUAAAGAAUGUCAGCAGAUGUAACAUUUCUUAUAAUACAUGUUAAUACGUUUUGACCUGUUUCUCCUACAUACAGAUUUUUUUUUAAACCUUCUCUCUUCUGUCUUUGUUAUUGUAGAUGAGGCACAUUGGAAAAGAUGCCUAAAGCUUAGAGCACUUUGAUAGCUGUUUUUUUUUUUUUUUUUUUUUUCUUACUUGGAGGGCAGUGGAAAAUGUUCCUGUUUUCCCUCCUUUAUGGCCCUCACAGGUCACACUUUGCAUGUUAUCACAUGUCUGUGCCAUUGUUAAAAAAAAAAGCAUCAAACCUUCCUGGCAGCCACUUCCAAUAGCUGCUGCUUAGAAAAAGGAUCUGUCCUUUAAGAUGAAUCUGAUCCAAAACAUAGUGUGAUCGUAUUUGGCAGACAGACAAAUGUUAAAGAAAACAUAAGUUACAGGUAUCAAACCAUAGCAGUAUUACAUAAAUGAGUGACACAAGACACAGACUUUCUUUUUUUUGGUUAUGCACUAAAUCACUCAUCCCUGUACAGCUGUCAUUUCAACCCUUAAGCCCUUUGAGUCAUUGGCAGCAGGUUUAGUAGCUGUGAUUUAGGCCAAGAACUGAACAGUUUGUCCAAAACUGUAACUAACAGGGUCCUUGAGGGUAAAUGUACUCAUGCUUAAUCUGCAUUUUUAACAUUUCCUAGACAGUCAGUCAAGGGAACCCACCCUCCUUGAUAAAAGAAAUAAAGACAUCAGAAGCUGUAGUUUCUGUGCUUUUAAAAGCAGAGCUCUGGUCCCAUCAGUUGUGUUUUAACUGGUAUAUUUCCUGUCUAUAGCAGGAUGUCCUGUGUCCUGCACACAAUAUCAUUGUUGAGCCUGUAUUCCUAGGGCUAUUGCAACACUUACAGACAAGGUCAAUUUCUAAAUACACCAAGGACUGUGGUUAAUCACUCAUAGACUUAAAUAGCAGGGUUAGCUGGGUGAAUAAUGCGAAUGUUUCUUUCCAGAAUAAAUGCAUUGUGCCAUGAACUAAACUACCUUAUAUACCUUACCUUAAUGAAGAGGAUACUGUGUAAGACAUACUGGAUUUGCAGGACACUGACAGUUAGCCACAUACUGUAUUAUUUAUAGGCAUAUUUGCACAUAUAGUUGAAGUUUGCAUGGUUAUGUUUUGUUUUUAUAGUAAGUUAUUAUAAUACCGUAUGUAUAUCGACUAUGUUUUUUUAUUAUAGUUUUAUUGAUAUUUACCAAGACACUGUAAACUGUAAGCGAGUACUGGACUACAUUUUCUCCAUUUCUGUCUUUCAUCAAGUUGUUUGCUAAAAUAAAAAUUGGCAUUUCA